CAAUUGACAACUGACAAUUAAACUGCAGACAAACGGCCCGGCAGGAGGAAAAAAACCACCCCACCAGAAAAUGGAAGAAGCAACUCCGGCAGCCACCGACAACCAGUCGUACUGGCUCCGUUGGCAAGUCCCAGUUUGUGCACUCAUCUUCAUUCUCCCUGCGCUGGUGUCUGUGACUCUGAUCAUCAACAGAAACAGAAGAAUCAAAGCACCUCUGGGUCCAUCCAAUUCCAUCCCCACACAUCACCACCUCUGGGUCCCCUGCUGGAGGUUCCUACAUCCCAGGUGGCUGCUCAUUUACAGGGCUCUGGCUUUCUUCACCAUGGCAGCCAUGCUCUAUCAGUUUAUCAUCACUUUGGGCCUAUUCACUUUUUUCUUCUACACUCAGUGGACGUUUACCUUGGUGAUAGUUUACUUCGGACUCGGCACCUUAGUUUCUGUCCAUGGAUGCUGGACCCUCUCAGCAAAAUCCAGUGAGAGUGGAGAACAAGCUGACAAGGCUAUCAGGUUCUGGGGCAAUCUCAUGGAACAUAUAUAUCAGGCUUGUGCAGGGGCAGUUAUGCUAACAGAUAUUGUGUUUUGGUGCCUUUUAGUCCCAUUUAUGUUGAAUGAAGAAUUUCAACUCACUCUGUUGAUUGCAUUCAUGCAUUCUAUUAAUGCGGUUUUUCUCAUCCUUGAUUCCUUUCUGAACAGCAUUCCGUUCCCAUGGUUUGGCCUUGUAUACUUUGUCCUGUGGAGCUGCUCAUAUAUUAUUUUCCAGUGGGCUCUUCAUCUAUGUUGUGUAGCGUGGUGGCCAUAUCCGUUCCUUGAUCUCUCCAACCCAUGGGCGCCGAUGUGGUAUUUGGCGAUGGCGUUGAUUCACAUUCCCUGCUAUGGAUUAUACAUGCUGAUUGUGAAAGCCAAAGAUUUCAUUUGUUCAAGAUUGUUUUCUGACUCUUAUAAGAGGAUUUCAUCGGACAAGAAGCAGCCCUAG